UCAUUGCAUUCUCGUCUGGAAAUACUCUGGUCGAAUAUCCAAAACAUAUAAAAUGUAUCCGUUCUACACCAACACAGUGCUCAUAUAGCCGUCGUGGGCGGAUUAGCUGAGCAGCUUUAAACGUUUGGACAUUAUAACGUCUAUGAGAUCUUGACAUUUCUGUGUUUUGUAGAAGAUCUCGGAUAAGCGUUAUAGAACAAUCUCAUGUGAAUUAACGCUGGCUUGAGCGUGACAUCUGUUAAAAUAUUUUUGAUUGUCUGUAAAUACGAGCUGCUGGCUAAGAGAAUUUGAAGUGGUUGGAAUUAUUUUUAGCCGGAGUGGAGGAAGAAACAGGCCAAAGACCUCAGAGCAAAUCCGUUUUCGUGCGAUCAGUGAAAGAAAUAUGGCGGCUCAAGGAGCAAGGUCUUCUGAUGGUGAUUGUCAUGAAAGUGUUCUUGACGACGUUUUCGAACGUUAUGGACCGAUCGAUGUAGAAGCUUUUAUUGACUUGCACUUUAAACAUGCUUUAAAGGGUGAGGAAGAAAUGUUUCCUUCUUAUCCUGACGGAACACAGCUUAUCGGAAGCAAAGUGGAAGUUAAAAAUGUGGCGAAUGGUUCCUUGGCCACGUUAGAGAGCUUCACGUACUUUGGAACAGAUACACAAAUAAACUUAGAUCACACAAUUUCAUUGGCGUCGCCACAGGAGGAACUGGAGAGCGAUGCCGUGUGUCCUUGCUGUCGACGUGUUUUGGAAAAGGAUGGUUUAGACGAUUGCCGUACAUUUUAUGGCGAUAACAAGGUCAAUAGGGAAACAACAACAUCAUUGACAUUACAGGAGAAGACGAGCGGAUGUGAUGGCGGUAUUGAAAUGAGAGAAGAAACUAUGGAUCCAAGAAAGUUUGUAGUCACAGAAUUGCAGCUCUCUGACAUAAGUGAUGAUGUCGGAACUUGCUGGCGGGAAUUAGGUCCAAAGCUUAGCAUUGCAGCGUCAAAGAUUCGCAACCUAGAUGAGGAAUACAGCCACAAUCGCGACAAAGCCAAUGCACUUCUGAUCAUAUGGAAGGAGCAAGUGGGGAGUGGUGCGCUAGCAGGACUUCUUGCUGAUGCUUUAGAGAGCAUUGGAAGAAAAAGUAUUGCUGAAAAACUACUUGGAGUAAGUGAUGUCAAGUUGCCAGCAUGCACAACAGUUUCUGAGGGUCACAAAAUCAGUUUAACAGUCAAAUGUGAUUUGGAUGCAGAGUUAGACAACAAGCUUAUGUUGUGUGAAGAUGAUUAUGGGAACAAAUACAUGUUGAAAGCUGUUAGCAAUAAUGUUGGAAGUUGGAAUUCAGAAGAGAUCCAGAAGAACAAGAGAUUUUUAGAGGCUGUUGCUGUAGCUGCACAGGACAUGGGGAAAACAGCAGAACAGAGACGGCAGGAAAGCUUAAAACGCAUUUCUUCAGAGGUUCAAGAACUGAGGCAGAAACUGAAGAGAGUGAAGCUGGACUGUUGUGAUGCUGAUCUUGACAAGAACGAUGGAGUUAAAUCUUGUUCUCAAGGUGAUGUGCAAUCCAUAAAAGAGGCAGUGGAUUAUGAACAUGUUAACUCAGUCUCUGAACAUUCAUCACAAGGUGAAAGUGUGCAGCAAUUACUUAAAUCAUGUGAGGAUCAACGUAGGUUUUGUGAGGGGAUAUAUGGAGCUCUCAUCAAGCUGGUUGGUGAGGUUGGUCAGCCUAGGGAGGACAAUGCCAAGUGUAUUCGGCAACUUUGUGACUUUAUAAAAGAACUGCAGGACCAGGAAAAGACCUUUUUCUCCAAAAUUGAGCAAGUCCGCAGUCAGAGUCAACAUUUGGAUGAGCUGCAAGUUGCUCAGGUGGAGGAGUUAGACAAAUGGAAGAGAGCACAAAAGCAACAGGUAGAGGGAGUCGAAAAGCUCUUGUUGCUCUUGCUUAAUCAAGGGACGAUGGAAAAAAGACAGGUGAGUUUUGCUAAGGCAUUAGCAGGCUCUUCCCCCUGAAAUAUGCUCUUGAAAUUCAGUUCCAAAAAGCAGAUUUUGAACUCUAUUCAAGGGAAAAUUGUGACCAUCAAUAUCAGUGCCUUAACACAUGCAUACAUGUAUGGUAUAAUGAAUUACAUAGUU